UUCCACGACGCCUCGUGCUACAAACGGGAGAAAAAAGAUGCUUCAGCAGUGAAAACACAUGGAUGAACAACGACAAUUAAACGGCAGAACAGAUCAUAGAUCCAUGUUCUAUUCCAAAGAGAUAGACGAGAAAUAUUGAAAGAAAAAGAAGUAUACAAGAAGACACCUCGUCGCCAACCCGUCGACAGUGUCCGCUUUUGAUAUUUCCACGUGACCGCACUUCCUGGCUCCGAUAUUCGGAACGGAUCAACAUAUUGCCCCUGAAACCGCCAAAGCUGCAAGAAUUACCAUAAAGACGGAUGAAAACAACGAUAUGACAUCUCCAACCAUGAUGGGUCCCUGAAGAUGGAGGCCUUAUUUCUAUAUCUGAGCAUCUAGAUUUCGUUUCCAUUCCCACUUAUACUAUGAGUUCUGGCGGGUUUUCCUUUCCUCCACCCCCCCCUCCGCCACCACCGCAGGCUGGUCCGCCGAGCUUCCCUGGUCAUGCGCCGACAACUCCAUACAACCAGAACCAAAGAGGACGAGGCGCUGGAGGCUAUCAGCGAGGUCGCGGAAGGGGAAAUGCACACAGGAGCGGCAGGGGAAACCAUAUGGGUGGCCCCAGUCAUGGCCCUCCCCACAAUAUGAAUUUUACGCGAUAUGGGGCUCGCUCUCACCCUCACCCUCAUACGCCUCCAAAUCACCCAUCUCCGGAGUAUAACCAGCAAGGGCCUCCUGUACAUUACGCUCCUCCCCAAGGCCAACCCAACUACCCCUCCGUACCACCGUAUGCCCAGCCUCCUUCACAUCUACCACCUCCGCAAAAUGCGUACAGCCAGCCGGUCCCGAUACAAUAUCCGUCCCGUCACCCUGCACCGCACCCGGCUGCAUAUAACCCGCCCGCGCCCAUGCACCGGCACGCUCCGUCCCCUAACCAUCACCCGCAACCUCAUGUAAUGCCGCCUCCUAUGCGUUGGGGUUUUGAAAAUGCCAUCCAAAGCAGUCCCUACCCGGCCCCAAAUUUGCGGGCCCCUAAGUAUGGGGGGUACCCUGAUAUGCGCGACUCAAAACCUCCCCACCAUCCGCCACGUCAGUCUCACGAUCGCCAUGGAUCGCGGCCCUCUCAAGAAUACAAUUCAUUCCCUUCAACAAACCAGUUCAACCGCGGUGAUAAAUUUGCGAAUCGGGCUAAUAAACGCCCAUAUUCCAAUGCUUUUGGUGGACCACAGGCGUCUAGCACGAGGCCAACCGCCCCUCUCCCAGUCCCUAGUUUUGGAAGUUCGCUUCCUUCGAAACCGCCGCCCUCGGUCGACGCUACUAAGAAACACAGGAAGAAGAAGAGAAAGUAUAACCAACUUGGUCUCACUCCGCAAACUGAGGAGCAUGAAUCGAGCGAGGAGGAGGAUGACGUUGAUGAGGAAACCAAGCUUUCACAAACUAUUACCACUGGCGAGCUUAAAUUUAGCUAUAAAGGGCAGACCUCUACCUUACAGACACCGACGGAUAUCGCUACCUGGAUCGAGGAACGUAAAAAGAGGUACCCAACCCGAGCAAGGGUCGAGGAGCGUUUAAAGGAAGCUGAAGAGAAGAAGCAGGCUGUAAAGGAAGCUAGAGAAGCUAAGAGGGCCAAAGAAAAUGCCCUGAGACAGCAGAAGUAUGCCGAUCAGGAAGAAGCAAGACGGCUACAGGAAGCUAGGAUGAAAAAGGAGAAAGAUAAAUUGGACAGGAAACUUUUGAAGGAGGAACAGCAACAGUCACUUGACCCCGCAGAUGCAGCUGCUAAAGCAAAACUAAAGGCGGAAAAGCUUCGACGGAAGCUCAUGAAAGAAGAGAAGCGUGUUGCUAGGGCGGAGGCACAUGCGGAGAAAGCAAGGCUCCGUGCUGAAGCAUCUAAGAUACAGACAAAUGGGACCCUUGAAGGAAAGACAAACGCUGAUACUACAUCUAGUUCCGCAGCGGAGCAUGUCCCCACUCCUACGGAUUCGGAUACCUCAAAACCAGCGCUUACUGCAGCAGAAGGCACCCAAGCUGAUGAUCAACUGGCUAUUGGGGAGCCCCAACAGGAACCGCCAGCUUCAAAGCUUGAACAUAUUUGCCCGAUAGACGAAUCCCAAGCUCCGAUUACGGAACAUGUAGCAAACAACGUCGAACCAAAAGCCCCUGAAACCACAGGUACCAUUGAACACACCCCACAAGUAAAUGGACAUACCUCCCCGCCAGGCGUAACUAGCAAUAACCUAUCCAGCGACUUGGAAGUCAGCGACAGCCUAUCGUCACCCUCAGACGACGAUUCCGAUCUCGACGAUGAAACCACAUCCAGCGGCUCGGAUUCGUCCUCGGGAGACGAUGACGACUCCACCUCCUCAGAACCAGAGCAAGCAACAAUCCGACGAGAGCAACCCGACCGGGUCCUGCCUCCGGCCCGGCAGCAAAAAUCACUUUGUCGUCAGUUUGCCAAAACAGGCCAAUGUCGACGAGGUAACAGGUGUAAAUUCCUCCACGAGGCUUCUGAUAAGACUAAAGCUGCGGCGAGGCUAUCCGCUUCCACUCAGGAUAAGAAGGGGAAGAAAUCGUUGUUUCAGGCUCUCGUGAGUCGUGAGAAGGAGGAGGAGGAUCGGAGAGUAAUGCAGGCAAUAUCUUGGUUGGGCCAGCGUGGUGUUUUAGAUGAACCUGCAACCGAUGCAGCACAGGAAGUUCAUGAGGAGCCGCCACCAGCUACUUAAAUCCUUUCUUUCCACAGUCAAGACCUAGGCGGGGGGAAAUAGCCGUUGUGACCAUAAGCAGUUCUCGCAAUGGAAAUUGGACGCUUAAGACGUAUCAUCCUAAAUCAGGGAGCAAAGGUGAAGGCGGGAAAGAGCCAUUGGUUAUUCUUAAAUUUUUCUUUAUUUUUAAUAUACUAUAGAACUUUCUUAUAUCCUAGAGAAAAAAAAAAUUUUUUUUCUACUGUUAUUUUUUACGCUACUAAGUCUCUUAAAUGCUGAGGCACAGCGAUCUGCAACUCUACUCUAGUUAAGUUGCUGCUACUUUUUUUGGCUCCGGGGGUAGCUUAUGGGGAAUUACUGGUAUUUCGGUUUAUCUAGUUCAAGGUAUUAACAGAGUAACUUACCGAUUGAACUCUUCAGAAAGUGGUAGAGCGCAAUGGGACUGGUCUUGGCGCUGGUUAACCCUAAUUCAAC